AUGGUCCGCGCAGCCCUCGCCACGACGCUGCUCUCCGCAAGCCUCGCGCUCGCGCUCGGCCCUCGCCCCGGGCAGUUCAAAAACCUCGUCACCUUCGGCGACUCCUACACAGACGUCGACGCGCACGCCGACGGCGGCGUGAUGUGGCCCGUCUUCGCCGCGCAGGAGGGCCGCCUGGCGCUGUACCCGUUCGCGAAGGCGGGCGCGACGUGCUCGAACAACAUCACCGCCCGCCCGUUCCCGUCGCUGUUCGAGAGCCAGCUGCCCGCGUUCUUCGCCGCGCGCGCGAACGGGACGCUGCCCGCGCUCCGCGCGGACGAGACGGUGUACACGCUCUGGAUCGGGACGAACGACGUGGGCGCGAACGCGCUGCUGACGGGCCAGCACGCGCCGCGCGCGAGCGUCGUCGACGUCGUCGCGUGCGCGGUGAACUGGGUGCGCGUGCUCUACGGCGCGGGCGCGCGCAACUUCGUCUUCCAGAACAUGAUCCCGCUGGAGACCACGCCGCUGUACGCGCCGGACUCGUACACGAACCACUACUGGACCGCGGCGCGGAACACGACCGAGUGGAGCGAACCCGAAGCGGACACACUCACCGGCUCGCCCCCAGCCCUCUUCGACGCGCACGCGCUCUUCACGGACAUGUACGCGCACCCCGCCCGCUUCCUCAACGGCACCGCGCCGCUCAACGUCACCGGCGCCGUGCGCUCGUGCGUGUACGCGCCCGGCGAGUCCACCGGCGACCCGGGCGUGUGCACGGUCGCGAGCGGGACGGACGCGGACAGCUUCCUGUGGUUCGACGAGCUGCACCCGUCGGUGCAGGCGGAGAGGGUGGUGGCGAAGGUCAUGGUGGACACGAUCGAGAGAAAGUCGGAGGAGUACGCGACGUGGUUGCUGUAG